AUGGGCACCAAGGCCAAGCAGCCCCAGCCUCAGCAGGCAGACAGCAAGUCCGACGACGACGUCCCAGCGUGCCAGUCGUGUCGGCGCAAAAAGGCACGAUGCAGUCGCCAGCAGCCGUGUUCGCAAUGCGUUCGCUUCAACACCACAUGCAUCUACGAUGACAAGAAAUUGAAACCGGGAUUGCGCGCGGGGGCUGUAGAUAGCCUGUCGCGCAGAAUAGAGACUCUGGAGAACAUGUUCCUGGGACAGGAGAUUCUCUGGAAGCAGAUGUGGGAGACGCUGCACCCGGAGUCGAAAUUUCCUGGGAUUGUAAGAGACACUCCGGAUGGUCCUGAUUCUAGCACAGAGCCAGACAGUCUAUGUGCGCGUCAAGAGACUCUUCGGCGCUCGUUGCUGCAAGUCGCAGCAGCCACGCAUGAGAAUGAGGUUGAAGAGAUGCCACAGGCGAAGCGACAACGCAUCGAUCCAUCGCCACGUCCGACGAUGGAGCGUGAGGAUCGUGAGACCAGUGCCGGAGAUGUGAUCGAAUCGGAACUUAUGGGCCAACUGGUCGAGUUCUACUUUGACAAUUUCCACCACUGGAUUCCGAUUCUACAUGUGCGGCGAUUCCGCCACCAGAUCCAGUCCGCGGAGGGAAGACGCAGUGCGAUCCAUAUACUUCACGCCAUCGUCGCUGCGUGCAUUCGCUUUGUCCAUACUCUCGGACUGCCCGACGAGGGAAUAAAGGCGCGGAUUGCUGAAGAUUGUCGGCAAAAGGUUGUGCUGUCCAGCAUGGAGUCCUUCUCUGUUGAGAACCUCCAGGCCCAGGUCAUUGUUGCUUUUGACACGAUUGCGCGCGGCCGUGGGCCUUCGUCCUGGUCGAUUGUAGGGAGCAUGGCGCGGACGGUUGAGCAGCUGCAGCUCAGCAUCGAAGAGGACAGUGUCCAUGGCCGAGGCCGGCCUGGUGAGGCUCUGAUAAGACGCAUGGCCUUCCUCAAGCCGUCUGCCUGCUGGAGGGAAGCAGAAGAGCGGCGACGAGUCUUCUGGACCGUUUUCCUCAUGGACCGGUUCUGCAGCGUGUCCACGGGCUGGAACGUCAGCCUCACCACGGCAGACGUCAAACGCAGGCUUCCCUGCGAGGGCAGCCUGUGGCAGCACGAGACGGAGGUUCGCGCUCCAUAUUUUGGGGUUUCUGAUACGAAGGGUGUGGCACAGCACCAGCCGUUGUUGCUGGACAGGCAGAUAGAGAUCGACCCCGUGGAGGAAGACUGCAUCGGCGGGUUUGCGUACUGCAUUGAGGCCACAGAGUCGCUGUCUCUGGUCUCGAAUUUCCUUCUUCAACAACCGCUCAAUGUCCGCAAUGUGGAGGAGACGCAGAUCUGGUUGAUGCGCUUCAAGGAGCUGGAUCUCCGACUCGUCCAGUGGAAACUGUUCCUGCCCUCCAAAUGGCGCGAGGCAUCGACGCUCAAUGCAGACGGCAUCAUGGACUCCAACCUCACCCUGGCCCAUAUCACCCACAACACGGUGGUGAUACUCCUCCACCAAGCAAUCGCCUAUCCCCCACGCCACUGGCACUCAUCGCCGGUCAGACUGCCCUCGUCCUCGUCUGCCGAAACGUGCAUUGAAGCUGCCUCUGAGAUUUGCACCCUCAGCCAGCAGUUCCUUCUCUGCUCGCCAAUACUUACUAACCCCCAAUUCUCCUUCUGCAUGUUCAUCGCGGGCCGUAUGCUCCUCGCGCACGCCAGAUACAACGCUGUUCCCGUCCCCCCAGCUUUAGACACCUUGAUAUCAAGCCUCUUCGAGAUAUCCGCCCGGUGGGCUGGUCCCCGAGACAUCACCGGCCCCGAAAAGGGGAAUCUAGCCACGGUAUUCGCCAAACGCCUUGUCCAGGCCCGAGAUAACGUCUCCCCCACAACAGCAAAGGGCAAUCUAGAUAUCCGGCAGCCCGUGUACUCCGAUGCAACAGAGGAGGGAAUCCAAAACCAAGCCCCAACUCGCGACCGAGUCGCUGAUAGCACUGCCGUAAGCGUAGGACUCUCACCACACCAGCUGCCAUCAUUCUCAUCCAUAUCCGCCUUGCCCCAGUGCGCGGGACUCGACAUUCACCCAGGUGACCAGUUUGCAGAGUUCCACGAGACCAACUCCGAGUCCUCGCUUACCCUUGCCUUUCCUCCUCUUCCGCUAUCAUUCCAUCAGGACUUCGUGGCCUUCGCGGACCCGAAUCCAGACCCAGACCCUUUUACCCUCUCUGUGCCAGCGGUGGCAGAUCAUGCACGCACUGCUGGUACUGGGCCUGCGUGGACUGGUAACGCCACCGAGCUUCACGCGCACCGAAUAGGCUCCUUGAGUACUCACUCUACGGGAUCUGGCGAUGGCCCUAGCCCUAGGCAGCGGGGGUGUCGAUAG